AUGGACAUCUCGCCGCAAAUCGACGACCCUCCCGCCGGAACCCCCACCCGCGGCCACCGGAACCGCUGCUACAUCUUCUUCCCCUGCUUCGACCGGCCCUCCUCGACUCCGCGAAGCCCCUCCGCCUCCCGCCCGGCGUGGUGGCGCAGGAUCCGUCCGCCCGAGGCCGGCGAGGCCUCCCUCUGGGCUCGGGGUGUGGUCGCGCUGCGGAAGAUCCGCGAGUGGUCGGAGAUCGUGGCCGGUCCGAGGUGGAAGACGUUCAUCCGGCGGUUCAAUCGGAGCCGGGCACCGGCCAGGCACGCGAAUUUCCAGUACGACUCAAUCAGCUACGCCAUGAAUUUCGACGAGGGCGGCGGCCGGUCGGAGGAGGAGGGCGGAGAUGGCUACUACUACGGGUCCCGCAACUUCUCGUCGAGGUACGCCAAGGGGUCCGUGGAUCUCAGCAGGGACGGGCCGCCGGCCACCGCAUGA